AUGACAAGCACCGGCAUCUCCAGACAUUUUUGCGGCCUCAUGGAAAGUAAGGCAUUCUCCCUCCACGACCCUUUCGACAUCCGCGAGGCGACCAUCGACAGCAUACACAACGCCCUGUCCACCGGGACGACAACAUGCCGCGAAAUAGUCAGCUCCUACCUCGCCCGCAUAGAAGCGCUCAACCCAACCAUCAACGCGAUAACAAGCCUCAACCCAGACGCUCUCACCAUCGCAGACAGCAUGGACCUCCAGAUAGCACAGGGCAAUGCCUCCCUCCCGCUCUUCUGCAUCCCGAUCCUGGCCAAGGACAACUACGACGUCACGCCUAUGGACACAACCGGUUCAUGCCUCGCUUUAGCAGGAAACAAGCCCACCCAGGACGCACCGACAAUCAGGGCCCUGAAAGAGGCGGGCGCCAUUGUCCUGGGCAAGACAAAUAUGCACGAACUCGCCCUCGAAGGCCUCGCCGUCUCCUCUCUCGGCGGGCAGACCCUCAACCCUUACGAUCUGACGCGCACACCAGGCGGGAGCAGCGGCGGCAGCGGGGCAGCGGUGGCAGCCAACCUCGCCCUGCUUGCCUUGGGGACAGACACGGUCAACAGUCUUCGCAGCCCGGCGGCGUCAAACUCGCUUUUCAGUUUUCGGCCCACACGGGGGCUGUUGUCGAGGGCUGGUGUGAUUCCUGUCAGUUUCACGCAGGACGCGGUGGGUGCUAUGGCCAGGACGGUGCGCGACCUGGCGGCUGUGCUGACGGUGAUGGCUGGUGUGGGGUAUGACGACGACGAUGAUGCAACGGCUUUGAUACCGCCGGAAGUCGUGGGUAGAGACUAUACUGCUGCGCUGUUGAGGGAAGGGGGGCUGAAGGGACUGAGGCUAGGGCUCGUGCAAGGCUUCUUCAACCACACCGACUCGAGUGAGACGACGCCAGUGAAUAGAGUUAUGAUGGAUAUGGUAAGCAAGCUGGAAGGUGCGGGGGCUGUGGUCGUGAAUGUGACGGAGGCCAUCUACAAUGCUACGGCCAUCAGCGCGGCGAUGGAUGUCCAGGCUUUCGAGUAUCGUGAGGGCCUCAAUCAUUAUCUUAGUAGUGGGCAGAACGCCUCUGGACCCCGGCCAGCGACCUUCGAGGAGAUAUACAGCAGCGGGAAAUUCCUGGUCCUACCUCUCCAGUACUCUUUCAUCAACAACUCUCUCGUCUCUUCCAUGUCCAACGCCUCGUACCUCGCGGCCCAGCGCAGGAUCCAGGACCUCACGAGUACGCUACAAGCAACAUUUUCUACCAAUACUCUCGACGCUCUUAUCUACCCUGAACAAAAGAACCUUGUCGUUCGGGUAGGCUCGCCGUCCCAGAGUGGACGCAACGGCAUCCUCGCCGCGCUGACAGGAUCGCCAGUGGUGGUUGUGCCGGCUGGGUUCUCGAGCCCGACCGCAGAGGCGCCGAUUGGAGUGCCCAUCGGCAUGGAAAUACUGGGUCUGCCCUGGAGUGAGGAUAGGCUGCUGAAUAUUGCCCAGGCAAUAGGCGAACUGGCGCCGGUGAGGAGGAUGCCUCCUGCUGCGAACAGGACAGUAGAAGUUCGGGGAGGUGGGUAUAAGAGCGUUCCGGAGGUGACGCCGUUGGCAAAUAUACCGCCGCAAUACUCUCUUGGGAGGCUGUACACUUGA